AUGGCACGUUCUUUCAUCCUUUCCACAGCGCUCUUCGCGCUCCAAGCUGUCGCGCAGACAUCAUCUCCCUACACCGACGCUAAGACCGGGAUCGACUUCCGCGGUUACACUGAUGCGAAGACUGGCUACACCUUCGGUAUCGCUCUUCCCGAGAACGCUACAACCGACUUCAUCGCCCAGAUUCAGGCACCUAUCACCAAUGGAGGCGGUUGGGCUGGUUUCAGCAUGGGUCAGUCUAUGACCGGCAACUUGCUGGUUGUCGCAUGGCCCAACGAUGGCGAGGUUGUCUCUUCAUUCAGGAAGGCGACUGGCUACACCAACCCUGCAGUCACCACCGGUGACUUCACCAUGAACCCUAUCCCUGAUGGCACAUUCGUCAACGACACAGCUUUCUCGUACACUUUCCUUUGCAAGAACUGUAUCAGCGACGAUGUCGCCACUGGUCUUGUCAUCUACGACUCUCCUAGCACCAACAUUGUUGGCUGGGCUUUCUCAAAUGAUGCUCUCACCGACCCUGCGACUGCUUCCUCCACUCUGACCUACCACACUGCUGGAUUCGGUGCUUUCGGUCUGCCCAUGUCUAACGCCACCAGCGCCAACUUCGAGACCUGGGCAGCCAUGGCUGUUGAGGGAAGCACCGGUUCCGGCUCUGGCUCCGGCAACUCUACCACACCCAUCAGCGGCGGUAACUCAACCACACCUGUCACGGGUAACACCACAGCUACUAUUGGUAACGCCACUUAUGACUACAUCGUUGCGGGUGCCGGUCCCGCUGGUAUCAUCGCUGCUGAGAGGAUCGCUGAGAGCGGUGCCUCUGUUCUGCUGAUCGAGCGUGGCGGUCCUUCUUACGGAUUCACUGGCUACACUGACAACAUGUCCUGGAACGACACUGUCUCCAUGUACGAUGUUCCUGGCUACGGUUACUACCUCAGCGACGUUGGCACACCCGCUUACUGCGACGACACCGCGGACAUGGCUGGCUGCUUGCUUGGUGGCGGUACCAGUGUCAACGCUAUGAUGUUUGUCAAGCCUCAGGAAAGGGAUUUCGACGACAAGUGGCCCACAGGCUGGAAGUCUGCUGAUGUUUCUGCUGCUGCUGAGCGCGUCUGGGAGCGUAACCCUGGACAGACCUACGGUAGUGAGGACGGCAAGCGCUACAACGACGAGGCUUACGAGGUUCUCUCCAAGUUCUUCGCUGCUCAGGGCUGGGCUGAGACCGACUUCAUCAAAGACCCCAACUCAAAGACUGAUGUGUUCGGCCACCCUCCCUGGAACGUUGCUGACGGUCUCCGCUCCGGACCCGUCAGGACCUACCUUCCCCUUGCCCAGAAGCUUGACAACUUCAAGCUCAUGAUGAACACCAAGGUCAUCCGUGCCGUCCGUGAGGGCUCAUCUGCCACUGGUAUUGAAGUCGAGACUGCUGACGGCCAGCGCGUUAUCUACAACGUCAACGCCGGAGGUAGCGUCAUCCUUGCCGCUGGUUCUAUGUCUACUCCCCGCAUUCUCUUCAACUCUGGUAUUGGCCCUGCCGAGCAACUCAAGAUCGUCCAGUCCGGAAGCAGCGGUGUCACUCUCCCUGACGAGGCUGACUGGAUCGACCUUCCCGUUGGUGCUGAGAUUAAGGACCACCCCAUCUUCACCAUUCAGUUCAAGACCAGCACCAACAUGUCCUCCACCCCCGAGACUACCCUGACUGAGCCUGACCAGACCAACCUCGACCUCUUCGCCAAGGGCUCCGGUAUCCUCGCUCAGUCCGGUCAGCGUCUCAACUGGUGGUCCUCCGUUACGACCUCUAAGGGCAACGAGAUGUUCUUCCAGGGUACAUGCAACGGACCUUCUGACAACACCAUCCAGAUGAAGGUUUACCUUACACACGGUGCUCAGUCUGUUGGUGAGCUUGGUAUCACAGCUGAGGGCGCCACCGAGUUCAUCACCAACCCACACAUGACCUCCGAAGAGGACACUGAGGCCAUCACCAUGAUGAUGGACCGUCUUCUCCAGAUGACUAGCGGCUCCAACUCUACUCUCAGCAUCAUUGCCCCUACUGGCGUCACCAACGUUACUGCUGCUGAUCUGAUCAAGACGUUCAAGACUGGUAGCCACUACGUCGGAACCGCCAAGGUUGGUGCCAAGGGCGAUGCUGGUGUCGUCGUCGAUACUGACACCAAGGUCUACGGCACAGACAACCUUUUCGUUGUCGAUGCUUCGAUCCACCCUGACCUGCCCACCGGUAACACCCAGGCUAUUGUCAUGGUCGCCGCUGAGGCCGCCGCUGCCCGUAUCCUUGCUCUUGGUGGCAGCAACGCAACUGCUCCUGCCACUCCCGCUUCCAGUGCCGCCUCUGCUGUUGCUGAGGUUACCAGCGCUGCUUCAGUCGUUCCUGAGGCUACCAGCGUUGCUGCUGUCCCCAGCGGCACUGGCUCCCCUGACGUUUCUUCUGCUGCUCCUAUUGGUACUGGCUCGCCUGUUGUCCCCAGCGCCUCUCCCAUCGCUUCUUCUCCCGCUGAGUCCGCUGCUCCUGCCGAGUCCGUCCCUGCAUCGCCUGUCGAGUCUGCUUCGGUCUCACCUGCCGAGUCCUCCACAGCAACUGCCCCUGCUGAAUCCUCGCCUGCCUCCACUGUCGCCGAGGCCUACGGCCGCUGCGGUGGUCAGGGCUGGACUGGUCCUACCCAGUGCACCCAGGGCUGGACCUGCACCAAGCAGAACGACUACUACAGCCAGUGCAUUCAGGCUAACUCUCGUCGUGCGCAGACUGCCCCUGUUGUCCGCCGUGACAUCAAGAAGCUCAAUCGUGUUGCACAGAGGGCCAGCUUUCUUAACUCGUACUAG